UUUCUUUCAGGUGACAAGGGAAAACCCAAGACUACAGAACUUUCCCCUUGUGCACCAGCCCUGUCUGAGGGGGCCUUGUUCCAGGAACUAAGACAGGGAGACCCAGGGAAUUUCCAGCUGGGCCAAACCAAGGAUCAGAGUGGGCCAUUAGAAAUGCAGGAAGGACACUUGAGAUCAGGGUUGGAACCCCAGAGGGAGAAGCUCCCUGAGAAAACAAGCCCUGAACCUGAUGGUAUAUGUUCGCAAAUUGCACAGGAGCUGAUCCACUCAGGAGGUGCUGUCCAUGACCAUGACUCGUGUGGAUCAGGUAAAGAUCCCAUGAUUCAGGAGGAGGAAAAUACCUUUAAGUGCAACGAAUGCGGGAAAACUUUUAACAAGAAGCACCUUCUUGCUGGACAUGAAAAGAUUCACUCUGGAGUGAAGCCCUAUGAAUGCACUGAGUGUGGGAAAACCUUUAUUAAGAGCACACACCUCCUCCAGCACCACAUGAUCCACACGGGGGAGAGGCCCUACGAGUGCAUGGAGUGUGGGAAGGCCUUCAACCGCAAGUCAUACCUUACACAGCACCAGCGGAUUCACAGUGGAGAGAAGCCUUAUAAGUGCAACGAAUGUGGGAAGGCCUUCACCCACCGCUCCAAUUUCGUCUUGCAUAAGAGGAGGCACACUGGAGAGAAAUCCUUUGUGUGCAAAGAAUGUGGGCAAGUCUUUCGACACAGGCCAGGAUUCCUUCGACAUCACAUCAUCCACAGUGGUGAGAAUCCUUAUGAAUGCUUCGAGUGUGGCAAGGUCUUCAAACACAAGUCAUACCUCGUGUGGCACCAGCAGACUCACACUGGGGAGAAGCCCUAUGAGUGCAGUGAGUGUGGGAAAGCCUUCUGUGAGAGUGCAGCCCUCAUUCACCACUACGUCAUCCACACUGGGGAGAAGCCCUUUGAGUGCCUAGAGUGUGGGAAGGCCUUCAACCACAGGUCAUACCUCAAGAGGCAUCAGAGGAUUCACACUGGGGAGAAGCCUUUUGUGUGCACUGAAUGUGGAAGGGCCUUCACCCACUGCUCUACUUUCAUCUUGCAUAAAAGGGCCCACACUGGAGAAAAACCUUUUGAGUGCAAAGAAUGUGGGAAGGCCUUUAGCACUAGGAAAGACCUCAUUCGACACUUCAGCAUCCACACUGGAGAGAAGCCCUUCGAGUGCUCAGAGUGUGGGAAGGCCUUCAACCGCCGGUCUGGGCUCACGAGGCACCAGCGGAUUCACAGUGGAGAGAAGCCCUAUGAAUGCAUGGAGUGUGGGAAAUCCUUUUGCUGGAGCACAAACCUCAUUCGACAUGCUAUUAUCCACACUGGAGAGAAGCCCUAUAAGUGUAGUGAGUGUGGAAAAGCCUUCAGUCGCAGCUCAUCCCUCACUCAGCAUCAGAGGAUUCAUAAUGGGAGAAACCCUGUCAGUGUAACAGAAGUGGGAAGACCCUUCACGAGUGGGCAGUCCUCAGUCACCCUCCGAGAACUCCUUUUGGGGAAAGACUUCUUGAAUGUAACCACUGAGGAAAACCUUUUGCCAGAUAAAACAUCUACCAUGGCAUCUGAUCGGACACACCAAAGAGAAACCCCCCAAGUAUCUACACUGUGAGAAAAUCUUCCAUCCCAGACCAUCAGUAAUCACGUAGAGACGCAUUUUAGAGAUUGACUCAGCCCAGAGCCUUAUUCUGCAUCUGAGAAUUCAUCCGUGAGGGAGAGAGCAGUGUUUAUUGUGCAUGAAGUAAAACCUUCACCUACAUGUUUCUCCUUAGUUUACACUGCAGUGUUAUCUCAGGAAUUUUUAUAAAAAGAAGGUGGAGAUGUAGAAGAGCAAAUGAAAUGAAAAACUUUGGAGACUUCUCUGUCCAGCUUACAGCACUUUGUCAUGGAUUCCUUAGUUUACUUGGGGCCAGGGAGAUGUUUCAGAGGCAGUGGACCUUGACCCUGUAUGUGUAAUGUAUAUACAUUCAUUGCUGUCCAAUGUCAGGAGGGUUAGACAGUUGAGGACAAGUUAUUAAAGUGAUAAAUAUACACAUAACACAUUUUAUUGUACCAGUUAAGACUCUAAAGCUUACAUUUUUAGAAAACUGUUAUUUGGUGUUAAACACCAAACAGACUUUUUCAGACUUGUUCUUGAUCCAGUCUAUUUACUUAAUUUCUGUAGCUAUAUGGUAAACCUCAAAAUUGGGUAAAGUGAUUCCUCUUUAUUCUUACUUAAAUUGAUUUAGUUUUGCUAAUUCCUUUGACAUUUCAUAUGAAUCUUAGGAUGCAAAGAAAUCUUGCAUUUUUAUAGGAAUUGAUUGAAAUCUGUAGAUAUGUUUGUUGAAAAGCAGCAUCAUGAACACCGUACAUGGUAUGCUAAGUAAUUCUUGAUAUUUCACUACUGUUUUAUAAUUUUCAACUUAACAGGUUCUGUACAUUUUUGUUAAGAGUUGUAUCUAGGGUUUUGUUUUUUUUUUUUUUGAAUGAUCAUAAAUGGCAUUGAUAUCUACAGUUUCAUUUUUCCAUAUGAUCUUUAGUAGUAUGCAGAAAGAUAAUUGUUUUUGGAGUGAUAACUUUGGUGUCCUGCAACCAUGGUGACAUUUGUAGACAUUUCUUUGGGUAGAAUCCUCAGGCUUUUCUGUAAAGACAUGUCUGCUGCAUAGUCUUUUUCCUCCUUCCCAUCUGUAUAUCUGUUACUUUACCUCACUGCACUAGUUGGACUUCCAACGUGAUGUUGAAUAGUAGUAAGAAAGGAUGCCCUUGACUGAUUCCUCAUAUUAAGAGGAAAAUGUUCAGGUUUUCAUCAAGUGUGAUGUUAGUUGAAGGUUUUUUGUCUUGUUUUUUAAGUUUUCUUAUCAAGUUUAGAAAAUUUCCAUCUAUUCUUAAUUUGCUGAGUUUUUUUUGUUAUGAAUGAGUGUUAGAGUUUUUCAAAUGCUUUGCCUCCAUCAGUUGAUGUGAUCAUCUGAUUUUUCUUCUAUAGCCUGUUGAUAUAAUGUAUUACAUUGACUAGUUUUGAAUAUUGAACCAGCCUUGCAUCCUUGGAAUAAAUCCCACUUGGUUG